AUGUUUAAUGUGAUCAAAUUUGUAAAACGUGAGAAAGAUGGUUAUUUAAUUCCGUUGAAUAAUGUAAAUGAUCGUAUUAAAUCUAUUCUUGGUAUUUCAAUGUCGUCAGUUGAAAGACUGAAGAGAGAAAUGAGAGAACAAGAAAGAGAGAUGUUAGAAAAACAAAACGAAUUGAUUCAGUUACAGAAGAAGCUGGAUCAAGAAAAACAAGAUAAAGAAGAUGCGGCGAUUCGAGCUACUCUUCGGCUUCGAAAUCCACGUACCAGAUCAUCAUCAUCAUCAUCAUCAUCAUCAUCGUCGUCGUCAGUAACCGCUGCAUUCAAUUCCACUUUGACAACAUUUAUGCCUGUUGCUAAAUCAUCACAAAAGCGUGGUCAUUCCGGUCGUCCUCCUAUCAUCUUGACAGAAAAUCAAAAAGAAAAUGUUCGAACAUCGAAAGUUGUUGUUCCUCUUGAUUCUCCGUUCUAUAUGGCAGCUCGUGCACGUUACUUUUCGAAAAUCGAUGAACUGCGAAACAAUGGAACAGUCGUUUUUUGGCAUGAUGAAACGUGGUGUAAUCAGAACGAAGAAAAAACCUUCGUGUGGACUGAUAGAGAUACUGGUGCUGGUCGUUUACGACAGAGUAGUGGCAAAGGGUCACGUCUUGUUAUUUCUGCGUUGAUGGGUAAUUCAGGUUUUCAUAGAUCAUCUAUUGAUAUAUUUAAAACUACUGAAGAAAAUCGUAUGGACUCAUCACAUUUUUUGGCAUGGAUCGAUCGUACUGCUUCUCUUCUUCGAAAAGAAUUCGGAAAAUAUACCAAAAUCGUUUUCGUAAUCGAUAAUGCUCCCUGGCAUAAUCGACUGACAAAUGAUACAAUGCCACCAAAAAGAUCGUGGCGGAAAGAAUAUAUUGUACAAUGGCUCAAUGAUCACAACAUAAAUGUUCCUGUUAAAGCUGUGAAAGCUGAAUUACUUGAGAUUGCUAUGAAAAAUCUACCAGAAAAACGAUAUGAAAUUGAUGAAACAGCUAAAAAAUACAAUGUUGACAUCUUGCGGUAA